UGACCCCUUCCCUCCCCUCGCCACCAUCCCGCCCUCCAGCAUCGCGCCGCCAUCCACAUCGUCUCCCCGAUCUAGAGCCCUAGGCCGCUCUCCCCCAUUCCGAGCACGACGGCGUUGGCCCGGCCCCCAAGCCCCCCGCGGCGGCCACCGCAUCCCUCCAUCGUUCGCCGUUUCCGCCGCCAUCGCGCGAUGCACUUGGGGUCUGCUUCGUGCAACCCCAAGCGGCCCUUCUCUUCCUCGCCGUCCCCCGCCUCCCCCGCACCACCGCAGAUGAAGAAAGCCAAGCUCCCCACGGCCUCCUCCUCCUCUGCCGGUCACACCACUUGUCCCCUCCUCUCUCUCCCCCGCACACCCUCUCUCGCGCAGCAAACCCCAGUGCUCCCUGAUCCAGAUCCCUCUCCUCCCCUCGCCACCACCCACUCCUCCCCCGCCGCCACCCACCUCCAACACCCACCCCUCCCCUCGCUGCCACCCACCUCCACCAUACCUCCCCUCCCCACCUCAGAUCCUCUCCCCACUCCCAGAUCCAACUUUCCACCGGAGAACGAGGAGGUUGCAGCCAGGAUCUUCGAGACGCGGUGGUCGUCGAUACAAGGUCAUGACGCGGGGCCAGCCAUGGAGGCGGUGGUCGUCGACGCGGUGUCCAAGCUGCUGAAGGCCGGCAUCGCGCUGUCGGAGAUCUCCUCUACUCCCCGGGCUGGUGAUUCGCCAGAUCUCCUCUGCUCUUGUUUGAUUCGCUUGAGACUUCGCAGGGCGUUAUGCAUAUGCGUGACCCUCCCUGUUUGAUGUGUGUCUGCGGUCACGUGAUGGCCUCAAAGGUGAAGAUGGGCUGAGAUUGCAGGCUGCUAGUUGCCUCGGCGUCGAAGAUGAAGAUGAAGGUGGAGGAGAGCGAGCGUGGGUGAGAUGGCGGGCUGUUGGUUGCCUCGGCCUUGCGCAGCAUGCCCGACCGCCCCUACUCCCUUGACGAGCGCAUGCUGCAGCUCCUAGGCGAAGGUACACGAACUCCACUUCUUCCACCAGCCACCCUCCCCUCUGCGCCCAGCUUGUGGAACACCUCCACACCAUCUUCGGAGCCGCCUGCCGUUUACUUGAUCAUGCAGGUGGUCGUGUUGAAGGUGUCCCUACACUACAAAGUGUGCGCUGGCAAGGUGAAGAAGCACCUCACCAAGAUGGAAGGUGAGCACCAACAUCUCUUAAAGUUUGGUGACAAAAUAAUGCAUCUUGAAUCCUGGGAAGACCAGUUACUUACUAAUAAUAUGUCAUUGGAGGAUAUGCUACAGCAAUGCAGCAAUUUGAAUUGAUAUUCACAUUGAAUUAAUGACUUGUCUUGUUGUGCAAUUGAAACAUACCCAUAUAAAAGAAGUCUAUUCCAUGCAUCAUUUUUACUGUUUUACUCAACUUGUUUUCGUCGUUACUUGAUACAUACUACCUCCGAGCCAUAAUAAACCAUGAAAUGUACUCUUGGGAGGGAUAAACAUCUUUUUUAGCACAUGGGUUGAAGCAGAUUGUACUUGCUUACUGAGAAUAUGAAAAUGAGAUAUUCUGUUUGCUAAUAUGAAGAUAGCAUUGUGUUUAAUCCAGUAUUGAUGAUUGUUUUCAUUCCCAUGUAAACUUGUUAACGAUGGUGAUUUUGUACUAGCAUAUAAACUUGUUUUUGUUGUCACUUGAUACAUACUUAGCUUGUACUUCAAGUAGUGGGUUAAUGCUGGUAAUUUUGUUCUACAUGUAUGCAUUGGUAUCCCCAUCAUCAAGCGCAGGGAUGUAAUAGUGGCAAGAAGAUCAUGGUCGUGUGCAUCAUCAAGCACACCAUGGCGAGCAUCCACCUCCUCAUAGUGGCAAGAAGAGCAGGUGCCUAGUUUGUAAUCGCUGUCGAAGGAGGUCCAUGCUGAAGAACAUAAAACUUGUAGAGCUUGUAAAGUAACAUGCUAUUGAACUUGUGGAGCAUGUAAUUGUGACUGCCAUAUUGUUGUUACACUUGUAGAGCUUACAAAGUGUAUGUUAAAGCUUAUUACGUGUUAUUUGUAAAGCAGCAGCUUUGUACUGACUUUGGCUGAUAAUAUUUGAAGUAUUUUGUGUGU